UCAACCGUGAGAUCCACGUUUUAUUUUUUUUAAUUCCGAAAUGGUGCCAGGAACCUCUUUAAAGGUUCGCGCCUUUUCUUGACAGGCCGUGCCUGCCACCGGCGUUUUUCAGGUUUGUGAGUUAGGUCAUAUUACGCAAUUACUAAUUAUCAGGUGGUACUAUUGACUUUCACACAAAACAUUAACACCAGCCAAUCAGGCUUCAGUUUCUGUCGCCAUGACGAUCGCCGAAGGGACCAGAUUGAGUCUCAAUUAUGACAUCAAUCAAGUGGCAUGGGAUUACUCACUGAUCAAGAACGAGGCGUGUGGUAAAUCACCUCCCGCCGAAAUUCACCCCGACCGCCGAAGAUUGGAAGAUUUUAAACAAAGUCAGCCAUCCAUGCCAGUUCCUUUGGGUGAGUACUUAAAAUCCGCAAUGUGAAGGAGACAAAGGAGAACGAGGCGCCCGUAGAGUAGUUUAGAUGGAAGAAACGAGCGACACUCCCUUCUAUCAGGAUGAGGGGAUUUCAUCACACAUUAUUUCGCCCUACCUCUUUGACAAGUCAGCCUUGCACUUAAACUUACAGCCUUUGGCGGAGGAUCCAAAGAUUGGAGAUCUAAAAAAACAUGCAACGCCUUCGGAGCUACGGUCACCCGAUCUGGGUUUGCUUAAGCUUGGUUCACCCGAACUGGAGAAAAUGAUCAUGUCUUUGCAGGGAAAUGUGACAAGCGUCUCGAAUGUUAGCUCGCUCUUUAACUCAAACGUUCACGCACCGGUCAACGCAGAUCACGAUCACGAACCAUAUUCACGUGGGUUCACCGAUGCGUUGCAAGACCUACACGAUCGACAGAUUAGCAGAGAGUCUUCUCUUAUAGAUUUAGCGGACAACGCCGCGGAGUCUACGGAUCCAUUUUUAGGGCACACUACCGUGAGAAAUGCAUCCUUUUUGACGACAGUACCGGCGGCUACGAUAAGAACUUCAACGGAGUCUGUCGUGUAUUCUUCAAACUCUUCGCGCGUGGAUGCUAGUGAUUUCUUUGCGAGCAACGGAGGGUCUUUUUCUGCCCCAGUAAAAGGAGGCACAAUUUAUCCUUAUAAUGCCUCAGGUGUACCGGGCUACACGACGUUGUAUUCGUAUCCAUCAGAAAAUCCUCCAUAUUCCGCUUAUCAAGAUUUUAAUCUUGAGAACACCGCCAAUUUGCGUGCUUUUGCGUCUUAUAAUAACGCGCUUGCUCAAGAAAAAACGGAAUUGUCUGGGUACAAAUUGGAAAAUCAAGGGCAGAUAGUUUCCGAUCAUGGAUCUUUGCAACCAAUUGAUCUGGAAGUUCAAGAGAUCGUGAAACGAGAGCGGAAAAAGCAACGGAACAGAAUCGCUUCUUCUAAGUGUAGGAAGAGGAAACUGGAACGCGAGGCGAGGUUGGAAACACGGGUCAAAGAGUUAAAAGAGAGGAAUAUUGAAUUAAACGCGGUAGCCAAUGCGCUUAAACAGCAAGUCUGUGAUUUGAAGCAAAGAGUCAUGGAUCAUGUUAAUGAAGGCUGCCAAAUUAUGCUAGCUCACCAAUCCCAAAUGUAACCAACAGGUAUCUUCAGUCAUUCCAAGGUACGUGUGUAAAUUAACAAUUGUUGAUAAGCAUGUUUGACAAGCGUAAAAUCGCAACCACUUCAACUAAACAAAUUGCACGGGUGACUUUGUUACGUUUGGUGUAAGGAGAGAACAGAGUUGAUCUGUAUCUAUUCGCCUUUUAACACAAAAUUUUCAAGAUAAUUCACAUACAUCUCUAGUUAUAUUUGUUCUCGUAUCGUAAGUUUGCCUUGCCAGGUAACGUAGUUAAUUUGAGAAUUACCUCAUCAAAGAAGAAUACGUAAAACUCAUUGUAAAUAAGCCACUUUAUCAAAAGACCGGUUUAGUUUUCAUCUAAGAACGGUUGAAGACCUCAUUUUAAUAGAGAAGUUUAGCUUAAACAGAUAUUUAUCCCCGGGAUAACUUGUAUAUAGUUGCGAUCCGCAACGGUUUAAGAUUUAACGCUUUUGCGCAUGCGCAAAACAGAACAUUACAGGCUUUGCUGUCACGAUGGCUGGAAGGAGUGGGAAUGCUUUCUCAGUCUCAAAUUUUGACUCAUCUCCAAAGGAGUUUGAAGAAUAUUAAUGCACGCUAAGUUUCUGUUACAACAGAAUUCUCUUCUUCCGAUAAAGACAUGUUAUCUAAUACGAGGAAUUUUUCUCAUUCGAAGAGCGCGUAGUCAACCAAUAAACAGACUUAAUACGUGUUAUUUAUCACAAGAAUCUUUUCCCUUCUUUGAGCCAGGUUGUUGGAAAAAACUGCCGAGCCAUUCUUAGUCUCCGUAGCUUUUUGCAGUUUCCUUUUUGCAUUGCGAUUCUUGUGCGUAACCAAACUAACUCAAGUUUCGCGUCUCUCUCGACAUUGUUUCUUUAAUUUUAAGUUUCCAGAAACGCUUCUCUUUGAAUUUUGGGAUUUGAAGAUUCAGGAAAAACUAUUAUGGUCUUGACAUGACUAAAAUUGAAUUCUUGAGAUACAAGCUUAAUUACCGUAAGUUAUGAUGUAAUCCUCAGCCACUCGAAGAAGAGAUUUCGCCUAAGAAAUUUACCAAAAAAUUGUCUACUACACAAAAUGUUACAUAAUGGUUUUUCCCCUGGAAACUGCAAGAUUAGUAGCUCUAGGACUAACAAUGCCACGGCAGUUUUUAUUGUCUGCUGACAUUUACUUCAUUAAGAUUUCACGUGGGCUCAAAAAUUUGCACAUAAUUUAUUUUUGCUACGAUUGUAAAUAUAUUUCCAAGGUUUAUUUUUUGUGUUGGUUUAAUUAUUAGUAAAUAGCAAAGCUAUUUGAGUAUUUUAACUUCUUUUUUGCCGACACUUUCCUUUUUGGGAAAGACUGGUGUUGAAACAUUGACUCAAGUGAGUUACUAAAUGUAUAAAAAAACUCUUAUGAGCAAUAAAUCAUUGUAACAAAAGUCUAACGUAAGAGAACAAACUAUGAUAAGGAGUUCUACAUGAACGCCUCAUUCCAGAAGUAAUCCCUUUCAAGCUAUUUUUUGACGAAGGCAUCUUUCGAUUUGUCUUGAAUUUACCAUCAUGCAUUGUUCCCCACCAAAAUUGAUCUCGUUUCUUGGUUCUCUCUUCUUUCCGUUUGGUUCGGAAACGAGAAGGGGCCUGGGAACGAGGCUACUAAACAUUCUAGCUGACAGACACUAAGUCUAAAGAUAAUUUGAAAAGGGAUGUAUUUCUCCUUAUUAAGGAAAAUAUACAGGGAAAUUAUUCUCUUAGCUGAUUUUCUUUUGCCGAUUCUAACUUGUUUCAUAGGGCAACAAGGCAUUUUAUUCAAAACUUAGCGAGGUCACCGCAAUAAAUGAACUGAACACCUACUUUCAUGCAAAGCAGUUGCUAUAAAUUUGACAUUGCAAUUGGUGUAUAAGCCUGGAAACAAGUGAGAAUUGUAAAGGAAAUUAAAGUAGACCAGUUAUUGCUUAAAUCUCGAAUUUUGCUUUAUCAAUGGCGGAGUCUCUUUGGUAGUUUCUUAAAGGUGCCUACCACAAGUCACUGAGAACUUGCAGGCGAGGACGAAACUGAAGAAAUUUCCGUAAUUUUUAAGAACUGAGUCCAACCAGAUCAGUUGUUUUUAAUGACAGCCUUCACUUUGAUGGAAUCGUAAAAAAGUCGACCACGGGAAUGCCGUUAAUAAGAACGAUUUCGAUACUCAAUGCAAGACUACUCUCAGUUCGUUAACUGAAUACACACGUUUAGAGAAGAAGGAAUAGUAUCAUUUACGCAUAUUUAUUCACGAAUCUUCAACUUAUUAAAAUUUUCUCCUUGAAAUAUUAAAUAUUCGUUAAUUCCCAUAUUAAAGCACAAUUGUAAGAUUUAAGCUGCAAUAAAUAUCACACAUUUAUCUUUAA